UGUGUAUUCAUCUACGCUAUCAUCUGACUAGACUUUGACAGCUAGACUUCAUAAUUCUGGGGUCCUUUUUGUAUGGCAACAGCUGAAAAGUGAAAGAGUAAUCAUGAAAUCAGAUGAUGAGUUCAAUCUCAUUCGUUAAGGGACCAGAGACCUGUAUUUUUAGCAUACGUGCUCAGUCGUGUAUACACCACUUAAUAUCAAUUGCUAAAUAUAUCUGUCAAGGGUCAAUUCACAGUAAUAAUCACUUCCAAGAUGGGAUCCGAGCAGAGUUCUCACAGCGUAGGAUUGCCAGGCUCAGAUAAUGACAGAACACGAACGGCUCAACUCAGACGAGGGAAAAGUGUUCCCAAUCGUGAAGGACUUCCAGAGGAUACACCACCAAGAUGUACCAGUCCCGGUCCCAGCAUUUGCUCCGACUCGGACCUGCCCUAUAUAUCCUAUACUGUGAAUCGACCGAUAGGCGAUUCUCCAAAGAUGACAAAUAAACAGACUCAGUUGCAGAGGGGAAAAAGCCUCGGAACACAGGAAUUGUCAAAGAAGAAAUCUAGUCUUAGUGCCAUUGGACACAGAAAGACUUUGUCGGAUAAAGCGCACAACAUUGUUGUUGUAAAACCCGCUGUUUCUGAACCAAGCGCAGACAAGGAUGUCGAUUUAGUGAAGUUACAGAAUAUACCAAUGUUUUUACCUAUCAUGAGAGGCACUUUGAAUCUGCCACCUGGUGUGAGGGAUCCCGAGGUUUUAGAAAGACUCGACCCUAUUGGAUUAUUUAAUCUAUGCGCAAGAUACCAGCAUCAUUUGAAUACAAAUGCACAAAUGGUGGCAGCGGAACAAUCUGCAUUGUGUACGAACAUCGAUGCAGAAGUUACUAAAAUUUUGAGCAUAGCUGUUGAAAGACAAAAGAAAUUUUCUAAGUUUGCUGAACAGUUAAAUAAGGUACACGAUCUUAGCAGACAGUUGAAUAAGUGCCACAUGCAACUUAAUCAAACUUUAGAGAGCUUAGAAACGCUUAAUAAUUUAUUGCCUGUUGAUGAACGAUUAGAGCCAUUUGUAUGGACAACUGGAUAAAUUUCUAUUCCACCUUAAUGUGGGUUUAAUUACCUUCUAACGUGAUUCGUCGUUCACAUUAAAUCCAAGUAUGGACAGGGAUUCAUAAUUUUGAUGCACAUGAAAACACGAACGUCAAUCUCUCGUUUGUCAUAUUUGAUAAGAAGAAUUAGCACCUUGGUUUGGUGGACCUAAAACCAAAUAAAAAACCUUCAGAAGAAUCGAAAUUAGCAUAUUUUUUAUGACAAAGACAGUGUGUGUAGAUGACGAUCAAGAAUGAUGUUCAAAAAACACAGGCUCUGUGAAUAUCCUCAUGUAAUUACAGUUGAUCUUCAAUAAAUCAAUUUAAUUUAUACAA